AUGUUCUACUGCUGCUACUUGCUGGUCUCGGAAAAGGCAGCAUCUCGCUCUGUGUAUAUUGGGUCGACGCCAGACCCGGCGAGGAGACUGCGUCAGCACAACGGUGAAAUCAAGGGCGGUGCGUACAAAACAAAACGAAGCCGACCAUGGAAAGUCGCCUGCUUCGUUCACGGCUUCCCUACAAAAAUCGCCGCCUUGCAAUUUGAAUGGGUCUGGCAGCAUCCACAAAGCACUCGUCACGACGACCUCCGACAGCACAGCCGGGUGGUGAGCGUCAAGCGACAAACACUGUUGUCGUGUGUCCGGGCGCUGGGUGUCAUGCUGUGUUGCGAAGCCUGGUCGCGUUGGGGCCUUCGGGUUGCCAUCUUUGACGAUGCUGUGCACCGUCUUUGGUUGAAGGAGCGGCUACCGAGCAACUGCAUCCAGCUUUGUUCGUUCGACGAUGUUGAAUCGCUUCGUUUGGCUGAUUACGGAGGUGAUGCCGGUUGGCUCGACACUCAACGAAAAAAACGGGCUCAAUUGUCCGUCCAGGCUCAGUGUUCUAUUUGCGUCAGGGCAAUUUUACUCCCUUGCUUCUUUCUGUGUUGCCCGUUUCCUGACUGCCGAAUGAUAGCUCAUUCCACCUGUCUGGCAGCCUCCUUUCUGCAAGAGGCCCAGGACGAUGAACACAUUCUGCCCAUUUCUGGAACCUGCGCUCGCUGCAAGAGAUUGCUUUCCUGGAAACUGCUUGUGCAGGCAUCCCUCUCUCCUAGUGAUGAGGACAACGGGGCGGUCGGUGACACGGGAGAAAGCGACGACAAUAAUGAAAGAGAAAGCAGUUGA